CUACAUAGUAAAAUUGAUAAUGUACCAAUUAGUCUAUAUGUACCAAUUAGCCAUUUUUGAAGGCAACAAUUGAGUUAAGUAUUCUCCAAUAUUUCAAACCAAUCUAUAUAUCAUCAUUGCAUCUUAGAAAUGCAACUCUAAAAAAACUUCAUUGAAAAUUGAAAUCCAUCUAUUUUUUUGAUCAAAAGCAUAAGUUUCUCACUUGAGAAAAAAAAUGAAGUUUGGGAAAGAAUUUGUGUCACAAAUGGUGCCAGAAUGGCAAGAAGCAUACAUGAAUUACAACUCUCUCAAAUCUAUUCUUAAAGGCAUUUCAAAGUUCAAAGAGAAAAAUGAAUCAGAAACACCAAUGGCAUCAACACCAAAAGGAUCAUUGAAGAGAAGGCUAACUCUCUAUAGAGCAUUUAGUGGUCUUAAUAGUAAACAAGGAAGAUCUUCAAGUAAGAAUGAGGAUGAAGUAAUACUUGUUCGUUCCGAAGGAGGUGAUGAUUCAAAAGGGUUAUAUCAAACCAUGUUUUUGAAGCCUUCUGAAGAUGGAGCAGAAAGAGAACUUUUAUUUUUCAAGAAACUUGAUUUUGAGUUUAAUAAGGUUAAUGCAUUUUAUAGGAAGAUGGUGAAGGAAGUUGUUGAUGAAGCUGAGGAGUUAAGUAAACAAAUGAACUUUCUUAUUGCUUUUAGAAUAAAGGUUGAUAAGGUUGGGUUUGGAAAUGUUGAUAGCAAUGAAAUUUCAUCUUUAACAUCCUUUAUGCAUCAUGUAGAUGAUGCUGAACAUGUUUUUGAAGGUCACUCACAUCUACACAUGGAUGUUAUUCAUGAAGUUGAGAUGAGCAAUGAAAGUCAAUUUAAUGAUGAAGAUGGAAAUUAUGUGGCACAAACCAAUUCCAAGUCUUCCACAGAGGGAUUUAAACCAGCUUCUUUGGAGAUCCUUGAUCAUGUGAAGAUCAAUGUGAUAACACCAGAAACUCCUGUUUCAACCAUCAAAGGGCUUCUGUUAAGUUCAAAAUCUGACCAAACAUUUAGCAAGAAAGAGCUUAGGAAAGCAGAUGUGCAACUUAGCACAGCCUUAAAGGAAUUCUAUCAUAAGCUUAGGCUUCUAAAACGAUACAGCUUCUUAAAUUUGUUAGCAUUCUCAAAAAUCAUGAAGAAGUAUGAUAAGGUCAGUUCAAGGAAUGCAUCAAAAGAUUACUUAAAUACGGUGGAUAGUUCAUAUGUUGGAAGCUCAGAUGAGGUUAAUAGGCUCAUGGAAAGGGUGGAACAUGCCUUCAUUAAGCACUUUGCAAAUGGGAAUCAUAGAAAAGGAAUGAACACAUUGCGACCGACUGCGAAGAGGGAACGGCAUCGAAAAACAUUCUUAUUAGGACUAUUAACUGGCUGCUCAAUUGCUCUCAUUAUAGCACUAAUUAUACUCAUACAUGCAAGAGAUAUUCUAUAUAGUGAAGGCAGAACUAAAUAUAUGGAUAACAUAUUUCCACUUUAUAGUCUCUUCGGAUACAUCGUCUUGCAUAUGAUCAUCUACUCUGCAAAUACAUACUUCUGGCGGCGUUUUAAAAUCAACUAUCCAUUUAUAUUUGGAUUCAAGGAAGGAACAGAGUUAGGUUAUAGAGAAGUAUUUCUCCUCAGCUCUGGCCUUGCAGUACUCGCAUUGGCCGCUGUUCUCUCAAACCUAGAUAUGGAGAUGGAUCAAAGAACAAAAAGUUUCUCAGCAUUUACAGAAUUAGUGCCUUUAAGCCUUGUCAUUGUUGUGCUUGUCAUAACAUUUUGGCCCCUGAAUAUCAUAUAUAAAUCCAGCCGCUUCUUCCUUAUUAAAUGUGCAUUUCGUUCUAUUUGUGCUCCUCUCUACAAGGUCAAUUUUCCUGAUAAUUUCUUGGCAGAUCAGCUUACCAGCCAGGUGCAAGCAUUUAGAAGUUUGGAAUUCUAUGUUUGCUACUAUUUCUGGGGGGAUUUCAAGACCAGAUCAAACAAAUGCAGUGAAAGUGAUGUCUAUAAAGCAUUUUAUUUAAUUGUAGCUAUUAUUCCAUUCUGGAUCCGUUUUCUUCAGUGCCUGAGAAGAUUAUUAAUCGAAGAAAGAAAUACAAUGCAUGGACUCAAUGGACUAAAAUACAUCUCAACAGUAGUUGCACUUGUAAUGAGGACUACUAAUGAGUUUCAUAAAGGAAUGGGUUGGAAAAUUCUUGCUGCAAGUUCUUCAGGCAUUGCAACAAUUGUUAAUACUUAUUGGGAUAUUGUCAUUGAUUGGGGUUUGCUAAGAAGGGACUCAAGAAAUCCAUGGUUAAGAGAUAAACUCUCUGUACCAUACAAAAGUGUAUAUUUUCUUGCUAUGGUGUUGAAUGUUAUACUUAGGCUUGCUUGGAUGCAAUCUGUUUUAGGCAUUAAGGAAGCUCCUUUCCUUCAUAGAACAGCUAUGACUGCUCUUGUAGCUAGCUUGGAGAUUAUUCGCCGCGGCAUUUGGAACUUUUUUAGGUUGGAGAAUGAGCAUUUGAACAAUGUUGGAAACUAUAGGGCAUUCAAGUCAGUACCUCUUCCUUUCAAUUAUCAAGUUGAUGAUGAUGAAGACAGCUCAGAUACAUAGACAAACAUAUAUAGGUUCAAGAAUGGAGUAAAGAUAGGGUGUUUGUGAAGAAAUUAAACAGGCUUUCCCAAUCAAUUAAUUAUAGUUGUUUUGAUAUAUAGAUAUAGGGAAAAACUAAAGUUUCACGCUGAAAAGCGAUAAGGUUUGAAAAUAGUAUAUAAAGAGUGACAUUUUUUACCUUAUAUGCAGAUUUUGUAAGGAUUAGUUAAAUUCAAAAAGCCUGUAAAGAAUUAGUAUGGAGAGUAAUGCAAAGCAAGGCCAUAAAGCCAUUUUGUAAGAUACAUGAAGUCCAAGUUAGCAAGUGUGCACCUUUUUAUUUGGACAAAAAUUCAGAGAUGUGUGAACAACACGGAGGGGCCACAUUUUCAGUUAA